AUGACCAAUCAUCCACAGUGUGAAGCUUGCAAGAAUCCUACCAAUCAAGAAUGCAAUAAAGAUUGCAUUUUUGCACCUUAUUUCCCACCGGAGAAGUCUCAAGAAUUCUCACUUCUUCUACAAGUAUAUGGUGAAAAAGAGGUGGCAGAACUUCUCAAGAAGCAAGAAGACCCCAAGAUACGUGAAACCAUACUGAAAUCUCUUCUUAUUGAGGCCAAGGCUCGUCUUAAUGAUCCUCUUUUUGGUUCUGCUGGUCUUGUCUCCGCCCUAAAUAAACGACUUGACGAAGCUGGUAAACUACUUUUUAAUGCCAAGAAGGAACUUGCAAGUUAUAUUGGUGACGACACAGGGCUUCCUACAUAUAUUCCACCAAUUAGACUGACCAAUCAUCCACAAUGUGGAGCUUGCAAGAAUCUUAAUCAAGAAUGCAAUAAAGAUUGCAUUUUUGCACCUUAUUUCCCGCCAGGGAAGUCUCAAGAAUUCUCAGUUCUUCGACAAGUAUAUGGUGAAAAAGGCGUGGAAAAAAUUCUCAAGAAGCAAGAAGACCCCAAGAUCCUUGAAGACAUACUGAAAUCUCUUGUUUAUGAGGCUGAGGCUCGUCUUAAUGAUGCUGUUUAUGGUGCUGCUGGUUACGUCUCCAUCCUUCAACAACGACUUCUUGAAGUUAGUGAACAACUUUUUAAUGCCAAGAAGGAACUUUCAAGUUAUAUUGGUGAAGAAGACGCAGGACUUCCUACAUAUAUCCCACCAGUUAAGCUGCAACAGCAGUUGAAUCCUUAUUCUUUGAUUCCAAGUCCACCAAUCUUGACAUUUGGUCCAUAUGCAGCAGUGAGAUGGGAUCAACCUGGAAUUGAUCAGGAGGUUACAACUGCAGUGGCUACAUUACAUAAUCAUGGUAUUCCUACUGCGAUACCAUUACGGAAAAAAGGGCCACCUCCUGACCUACAACAACAGAAGCCGCGUCAGCAAGAUUUUAAAGGUAAAAGAGACCCGCUGCCUUUGGAUCACGGAUUGAAUAAAACGGAUGGCAGAUCUUCUCAAAUUGAUCAAUCACCAGUGAAUCAUUGUAUCUAUAUCAACUCCAGUCACGAAAGGGACAGCAGAAAACGCAAACGAGAGGAGAUAUUAGUGUAA